AUGGCUGCCUGGCAGUUGGCAUUCGCUCUCUUCUCUGUCACUCUUCUGUCUGUCUGUGCUGAGACCAAGCACCAAGUUCAAGAGAUACAGCAACUUGCUCAAACUCAGCAGGUCAAGCCAUUGCUUCUGAAGGUUGAUACAAGCGACGUUAAUUUCCAGAAGAUAGCAAAUUUCGCCGUGGAAAAGUUCAGCUCCGAGCAAGGCUCUCUGUACAAGAUCUUGCAGUAUGUGAAUGCCAAGGCACAGGUGCUUGAGGGAGUUAUCUACGUUAUGGAUGUCUUGAUUGGGAAGACUGAUUGUCCAGCUGCUAGAGCUGGGACAAAAGCAGAAGACUGCGAAGUCCUUCUAGGCACUGCCGCAUCCAAGUUCUUCCUGUGCCAUUAUCUGCUAUGGUCCGUUCCUCCUUUUAAAGAGCAAAAGCUUCUGAAACAAGAUUGUGUGGAACUUAAGUUCUAAUGCUUCCGGCCCGCAAGAACACCGCCUGGAAUGAAAGGAAAAGUCUGAGUCCAUGUCUCGUGAUCUUUUCUGUAGUUGUAUCAAUAGUAAUGCAAUUACUUUUUACCUGAUUGUACAAUGAAUCACUGGAUUAA